GCUGCUUGUGGAUACGGAUAGGAAAACAGCUCUAGUAACGACUUUACGACCGUCUGACGAAUCUUCUUACCGACUUCCCCUCCUUCGUACGUACAUAUCUCUGGAGUUUUUGAAAUACCUUUCUCUGGACGACGGCAUCCAACGGGACGCGAACCUUUGUGUCUACCUACCCGCCUCUCCUUCGGUCCCAAGAAUCUUCGACAUUCCCUCGCUGAGUCGCACAGAAGUCAUUCCUUUAGAAGACAAUAUCUACCAAGUCUCGACUUACUUUCCUCAUCUACCUCUCGCGCCACUUAUCAGUCAUGGCGGGGCCUGAAAUCUCGAAACAAUAUGUUCCCUUGACGUGCCACGGACAUUCCCGACCGGUCACGCACCUUAGUUUCUCUGGAUUUGUUGCGGAGGAAGAGUACUAUCUGAUCUCAGCAUGCAAAGAUAACAAUCCCAUGCUCCGCGAUGGUGUAACCGGCGACUGGAUUGGAACUUUCUUUAAACACAAGGGUGCCGUCUACCAAGCGAGACUUUCGCCGGAUGCUGCUACAGCAGCGACUGCUUCUGCAGACUUCACCGCGAGGGUAUGGGAUACCCAUAGCGGCGAGGAGAUCUGUGCUAUCCAACACCAUCAUAUCGUCCGAGCGAUUGCCUUCCCUCCUAAGUCGAGUAACCUUCUUGCGACUGGAGGAAUGGAAAAGAAACUCCGAAUCUUCGACCUUGACAAGAUAGCACCAAUCUCUAACCCUUCCCCGAACGGCGCAGUCCCUUCGACGAACGGUACUUCCGAUGGCAAUGUUAUACUUGCAGAGACGGGGUUUGAAAUUGGGCCUGGUGUCCACAAGGGAACGAUUAAGGCUAUUGUCUGGACUCAAGAUCCGAAUAUCCUCGUUACAGCCGCAGAUGACAAGGUCAUUCGAUGGUGGAACCUGGAUGCACGAACGGUCGUGAAGGAACAAGUUGUUCAGGGAGAGAUUGGCUCCUGCGAAUUCACCAACGUGAAGCCCGAGCCGAACGACAUUGGUGGCGGACUACCAGUCUUGACGAUUGCUGCUGGAAAUACAGUGUACUUCUUUGGCGGACCCAGUGCUAGCACACUGCUGAAGUCAGUGGUACUACCUUAUGACGUUGCGAGUGUUGCUUUGCACCCUUCACAGCGGAAAUUCAUCACCGGUGGAAUGAAAGAUACGUGGGCGAAGGUAUAUGACUACGAUACUGAGCAGGAUAUUGAUGUCCACAAGGGCCACCAUGGCCCGAUCUGGAGCAUCAGCUUCUCCCCUGACGGAAAGCUCUAUGCAACUGGGAGCGAAGACGGAACAAUCAAAAUGUGGAAGAACUGCCAGGGUCCAUUCGGACUGUGGCGCGCGGAUAGGGAAUAAUUCUAUGGAAAAUACCAUUCAACUGGAGUUAUGGA